AGCCACAUUUAACGACAGAGAUGCAAGCCGCCAUUUAACGGAAGUUGUUCUUUUUCAAAUUCGUUCUCUCGCCAGCGCCAUUUGUUUCUUUCGUUCCGUUCCGUAAACCCCACAGUCUCGCGAUGAUCAACGCUCCGGAAUCGAUGACGGCCGCCUCCCAGGAGUUGAUGCACGAGCGGCCAAUGAUGAAGCUGAAGGGCCAGCUGCAGCGACUGUGCCCAAAUCUGGCGCCGGACGCCAGCUUGGCCAAGUAUACGCGCGCCAUCGAGCAGUGCCGACUGAUGGAGCAACUUCCGGCGACGACGACGUCCGGAACGGGCGGAAAGUGCUCGCGGAAGGCGGCCAAGGUGCGCGCUGAGGCAAACCAGUUGUACCUGGCCAAGGAGUUCGAGCAGGCGUUGGGGAAGUACAACGAAAGUAUUUGCCUGGCGGAAACGGGCUCGGAACAUUUGGGGAUGGGGUAUGCUAAUAGGUCGGCGAUCUAUUUCGAGCAGGACGAGUUCGAAUAUGCCCUGGCGAAUAUUGCGCUGGCCAAGGAGCACAACUAUCCGGAACGGUUGAUGCCGAAGCUUCUCGAGCGGGAACAACAGUGUCGGGAGAAACUGGCUGAAGGAAAGUCUAAGGGCACGGUUCCGCUGCAGCGGUUUGAUUUGAAUGUACCGGUCAACUCGAAGAUUCCAUUUUUGGCAAGUGGAAUAAAGAUGGUCAGGUUGGAGGAUUUUGGCCGAAGCAUGAUCGCGACGAAGAGGUUCAAAACGGGAGACGUUAUUCUGCACGAGAAGAGCAUUCUGGCCAGCAUCGAUCAGAUGUUGCAAUUUCAUAACUGCAACCUGUGUUCGGCCGAAGAAGGGUUCAGCUUGAUUCCGUGUCCGAAUUGUGCCACGGUCAUGUACUGCAGCCAGGAGUGCUUGGAGCGGGACUUUCAUUUGGUGCAUCGCUUCGAGUGUCCCAUUGCGGAGAAGGUUCAGCACCUGUCGUACGGGUUCGUCAACCUGGGAUCGAGGCUGUUUCUCUACGGCCUAAGUUUGUUCGAUGACGACCUCGAUGAAAUGAUGCGCUACUGCAAUCGUACCAAAACCGGUGGAAAUCCGCUCAACCUGGACUACACGCGGUACGAUCCGUUGGAGGAGUUCAAAGAGUUGUACAACCUGAGUGCCACCACGACUCCGACGAACGAAUCCAGUUACCGGUUCUUCGCCACGAUUCGCUGCCUGAUGUACCUGGAAAGUCCUCUGCUCAAGACCAUCGUGAUCAGCGACGAGCAGAAAUCCUUCAUGAGGCAGUGCGUGCUGGACUUUACCCGGGCGGCCAGCUACUACCGUUGGCAUCUGACCUCGCCACUUUUCCCCGUCCAGUCGCUGUUCAACCAUUCCUGCGACCCCAACGUGCUGAUUGUGAUCCUCUCCGGCCACGUCAAGCUGGUCGUUUUCCGACCGAUUCGCCCCAACGAGCAAAUCUGCUUCUCCUACGGCCAUCGCUGGUGGGACACUCCGAUGUGCCAGGAACCGUUUCCGAUGGUGUUUGUGUGCAAGUGUGUCGUCUGCGAUCCGAGCAAAAAGAUCGCCUGGCUGGCCAGCAAGCGUGAACUGACUCUGGCGGCCAAGGCGGAACUCGUGGUUGUGGGUCUGCAAGUGUGCGGUUCCGAUUCGGACGAUGUGGCCGACCUGGCCUUGAUUCAGACCUACAUCGAACGGAAUGGCCGCUUUGUCCAAGCAAUGGAGAAGUUUAUGAAACUGUUGUCGCUGCACUGGACAUUGCUGUUCAGGCUACUGAGACAAGAGGACGAGGCCCAGCGACGAGCAAAGGUUGCGGCGCGCCUGGCCGGUGCAGCGAUCGAUGUUGUGGAUUGACUUUUUUAGUUUGUUUUCUUACAGCUUUGACUAUGAUUUGAUCGUAUGAUGACAU